AUGCGCCGUGUGGUCUGUUUUUAUUUUAGCCGCAAGUCAAUUCGUUGGAUUAGCUGCGCUCGUAAUGUGAAUGUGGAUGCUGGAGAUGGUUCUCGUGAAAGGGGCGAUGGAUCAAUAUCAGAUGUCGCUGUGGACAGGUAUACGCUUCUUCCUGCGGUGAGUCGGGCGUUGCCUCUUUUCAACCCGUGUCAGGAGUUUCCGGCGACAGCUGUUGGUGUGGAGCUACCCGACCCCCGUGAUCCGUGUGUAGUGUGGCGAGAAUAUUACUCGUUCGAGCACAGGAGGCCCUAUUAUCACAACCUACUGACAAAUCUUACAACCUUUGAGGUGCCAUCUGGCUUCAGGACAUGCUUUUCAUUGUUUCAUCGUCGCCAAGGCCUUUAUGUUGAUGCAGAAAAUCGUGUUCAUCAUCGGGCUACGGUACAGGGCGGUGGGACACCGGACAAGGGUGCCCCCGGCGCAUCUGAUGGGGAAGGCGGAUCCCCGGCCUCACCUGGCGGGGGCGGUACCCUCACGACGAAGCAAAAGUUAGCGGCAUAUGGCGGUGGUGGUUUGUUGUUGUAUCUCAUUGUGCACAACAUUUUUCUUGCCGCGAUAUUUUUUUCCCUGUAUUUUCUUCACGUGGACUUAGUGGGCAUUGCACGUUCCUAUGGCUUUAGUGUUGGCGACGAUCCAAUUGGAUCCGGCAACGGUGCUGAUGCCGCUGUGACGAAGAAGAAAGAUCGGUCCUUUUGGGCCACGCUGGGCGUCUCGAUUCUGCUAAAUAAACUUUUGGUGCCACUGGAACUUGCUGCAACUCUCAUGAUGGCACCUGUACUCGUUCCACGUCUGCAGCCUUUUGCGACGAGGUUGAUUCCUCGCGUGAAGGCCUUUAUGAAAGGCUGA